AUGACUUCUUGGAUGAAAUCAAUGCCUCCCCGGAUGGAGAUUGCGGACCUAGACAUUCAGGAAUCCGAUCCCAGAUAUCCUGAUGCGGUCAAAUGUGUUCAAACAUACUGGAAACAAGCAAUUCAUAUGACCUACGAUCAACGGAAAAGAUAUCUAGGAUUUCUAGACACUAGAAGUAAGGUUGAUUAUCUGUCCAAAACUCCGGGAGUGACCUCCCACAUUCUGUAUACGAGCGCUCGCAAUUAUCUGGGAGAAAUUCCGACAAAAAAUAUCCGCUGGGCUGACUACUUGUUUCUUACAUCACUGUAUAAACGUUUGCCCGACGACUAUCUCGAAGCUGUAGCGGCACGUUAUUCCACCACAACAAUUUGGGACUACACUGAGGAGUAUCGAGAUUAUUAUCCAGAGCCAACAUUAUCUUCUCAGGACAGUACCACUGAAUCUACGAAAAUUAGUGACCCAUUAAAGAUCGAUCUUACUCAAAACGAAGAGAUGCCGAAUAAGCAGCAAAACAUUUCGGUUGGUCAUAAGGACAAUGGUGUGCCAAUCGAAUCUAUACAAAAACAGAGCGCUACGUCGACUCAGAGGAAAGAACUUCUCUUCGGAACUACAACUGCCAUCCAGAAGCAAGAUACUGAUACUAAUAAGAAGAAUGACAAUGAAACACGAGCCUCGACCAGCCAGCAGCAAGCCAAUCCAUCUAACCAAAAGCAGACUAUCAUCCUGCCACGUACAACUAGCGACCAGCAGCAAGAUGCUACACCUACACGGAAGAAAGAAAAUGAGACACCAAGCUCAGUAAGCCAGAAUGAGAAUACUACAGCGACAGGGACUCGGUUCCCCCCAGAGGCACUAGCAAGCACAGAGCCUAUGGUACCGGAGACAUGGAACAUUGACAAUGUUGUCGGCAUCUUAUCUCUACAAAACAAAAAGAGACUGUGUCCCGCACCCGAAAGUUCUUCAAAACGCGCCAGGUUGGAUGGCGAUGAAAUAUUGGAAAAGGUCAAUCAACAAGCUGAAAUCAUUCAGCAAGCUAUGGACAAGCUGCAAUGCAACCAAGAUAUCAAGCUCCAGGAAGUGCGCGAGGCUGUCGAACAGAACAGACAAGCCCUCGAAAGCAUGCAGAGUGAAUUACGCCAGUUCAUGUCUGCGGUGGCAUCUACCCUUCGGCACAUACAAGAGCGUCUAGAUGAGUGA